CUUGAAAGAAUUAUGCCGGCAGAAUAACGGCAAUUCGGUCAAUCUUUUUUUCCAAAAGCAUCAUCCUAGACCAUCGCCAAUCCCAUUGAUUUGGAACCUUUCAAUUUGAAUUUCAUUUUACCCAUUAACAUAUUUCCGCUCACAAUCCCUACCCUUGACUCACGCGUGUCCUACAUAUACACCAAAGGAGUUAAAUAGACUCGGGACUCUUCAUACUCUCCCAAACCGUACGACGCGCACACGAUUAUUGGCGGAAGUCAUCUUGCCAUUAUUCAUUCACCCCAGCCUUAAUAAUUGUCGAUACAUAACAACAGCUUCGUCCACAGCUACCUACUGACUGUGUCUUACUCACGAAGCGAAGCCAGAUUUCUGCGAUCCGCAAUGCAGUAGCAAGACUUGCAGAACGCAAUGGCUGAUUCUUCCCCUGCCGCCGGCAGAUCACCUCGAUGGCCUAGUCCUGGCCAGCCUCUUGUGCCUAGCGUCCUCCCGACAGUUCGUAAUACAGAACUCAGUCACCAAGAUGCUUUAGAGGCAGCACGAGCCGAACAUGACCGUGUCCGCGAGACUGCCAUUAGGGUCUUUUAUGAGCACAAGUCACAAGAGGAGCAUAAGAGGCUCAAGGACGAGGAGCUUAGGAUCCAGCUAGAGCAACGACGAGAGGAGGAACGAAUUCGUCUUGAAAAACAGCUUAGAGUCGAAGAAGAACGUCUUCGGGUUCUAAAGCUGACAAAGGUCCCUAAGUUGCAACCGGAACCACCGACCCCGUCGGCUCCAAUUGCCCAGCAGCCGAAUGGCUCUAUUCCUACCCAUGAUCCUACACAAUCCACUCAGCCAUCGACGGUGAAGUCAGGCACGGCAUCAAAUAUGGCAGCUUCUUUGUUCGGUAGUCAGCAACCUACCGCGUCGAACGGCACGAUUGGCCAUCCCGGUGCUAUAAAUGGCGUGAAGAUCGAGUCACUCUUAUCACAGCCACCCGGCCCAUCACCAGCUGCACCUCAGGCGAAACCUCCCCGUCCCCUUUCUCCCUUUGCACAGCCAUUCAAACCAGCCGUUACUCAAGUCAACGGGAUAGCAGCUCCAAUUCCUACUGGCCCUGAUCGUUACAUCGAAAUACACAAGAAUCUAAAGAAAUUGCGAGCAUCCCUCACACAACAAUCCAAACUAUCUCCAGCUUUGAAGCAGCGGAUGGGAGACAUGCGCCGAGAGUUAAGAAAGAAUAUGGGCCAGCUUGUGGGAGAGAAAGGUGGUAAUAGACAACAGCUCGCCGCUAUACAAGCGUUAUUCGACCAAUCCCUCGACGGCACCGUCCCCAGCCAGCUAGUCGACCCUUCGGAAUUCAUCACCGACAAAAGAGAACCAGUAGAGGGUGCCCGAUAUAACGAACCCCAACUUCCAUCACUCUAUAUCUACCUUUUGAACCACUUUGCAAAAGCUGUGAUUAACCAGUUCAUUAAUGAAUGUGGAGCCCAACCCAAAACUGCCGAUCCUAUCGGGGUCGUCGUAGCGAUGGUAUUUUCUAAAGAGGUCUACCUAUGGCGUGGCAAGAGCCUAAUUGACAUCUUAAUGGCCAAGUUCCGAGUGGCCUGCCCCGUUCUCUUCGGCUAUCGCGGUAGUGAAAAGACAGAACAAGGCCGCCUCCGCCUUGGAUGGAAGAAGGGUCCUGGGGGAUGGGUCCUGGAGCAGCAACAUGUUGAUCGAAUGAAAGGUCUAGCGGCAGGAUAUGCCGCAAUAUCGUUAAGAAACUUCUCCGCCUCGAAGAAUACAAACCCAUGGCCCCCCUCGAAGUACUGGACUGCCAUGGCAAAAAUAGUCAACACGCCGCCAGCCGAGAUUUCUAACACCCAAUGCGUAGUUCUCCGAUCUAUGAUCGAAACUAACGAAGAGCGCUUCAUCCAGUUCUACGGAAGCGCAGCCAUUGCUGCACUGCGAAAGGCCCUCAAGGAACUACCCAGUAAGGCGGUGGAACAAACUCCGGGUGUAAAGGGCUUGAAAGUCCUGGGAGUGAUCUUGGAGAGGGAUAUCGGAUUGGAAUUAUAAACGGGCCUGCCUGUACGAUACUCGGAUAUAGAUAUGAUCUUGGCGGGGAUUGGUAUAAGGGGAUAACGACCCUGUUCUGUUUUACGUGUGGCGUUGGUGGGAACUGGCACAUAAAGUAAACUAGCAUAAAGCAGGCGUCUAAUGCGGCUAAGAUAGGUUGCUACUACUCAUAGCACCUUGGAAUAUACCCAGUGGGGACGGUAUGAGGACGAGGAGUAAUAUUCUUGAGGA